CAACCGUCACGCUGCAUCCCACCUUCAUCCAAAAGAGCAUCACCCUACUCGUUCUCCUCAUUUGCUCUGCUCUCCGUUGCGAUGGCCGAGCCUGCUUGGCAAGAGAUUCUUCGUGCUCGUCUCCAGGAACGGAAUGCAAAGGAGUCUGCGUUUUCGUCUGUCAUUGAGCAAUACCGACGGUUAGCACAACAGACAAAGUUUCUAAAGGAACGAAACGUUCAAUUUCUCCGUGCUGCACAGUCUGUUCGGGGCAACAAUCCAAGCAGCUCUACUGUUUUCGUGCCAGGGACCAGUGAAGAGAAUCCCGUCUUGUCGGCAUAUCAGUCACUGCGGGACGAGAUUGCAGGCGCCUACAAAUCUCAGACUCAAAAUACUCAAAGACUGUUAGCCAUGACAGAAACACUACGUGAGAAGGAGGAAGCUUCGAGGAUUGGCGACGAGAACUUGAGAAAGACGCGAGAUGAGCUGGCUGUCCUUCGCCGAAAGGUCGACCAACACAACGAGUUAAUGGCUGAGAAGGACCGCACUGUCCAGAUCCUUCACGACGAAAUAAGCACCCUUCAGCUUGAACUUGGUCAGAUCGAGGAACGAAACCAAACGCUGAUAAAAGACAAUGCCAAAUUAUUACAGCGAUGGUUAGAUGCGAAGCAGGCUGAAGCUAAUAAGAUGAACGAAGCAAAUGAAUUCUACGAGAACAUGCGCUCCCGACAUCAGAAUGUGACAACCUGGCGCGAUGAAACUCUCGGUGCCGGCACGCCUGCCGCGGUGAGCAACGGAGCGGAUUCAUCAUCACAACCAUCCGAGUCGGGAAACGGGGAUCUGAACGAGGAGACGAAGGAGACGGAGACGAAGGAUGGGAUACUAUCUCCCACGGAGAAGAACAUGGAUCCGAGUCCGAAUGGUUGAUUGUUGAUGAAUAAAUUUUAAUUUCCAUCCUACUUUUUGGUUUCCAUUGCAUACCAUACCCAUGUCUAGUGAUAUACCUUCAUUUUGUUCAAAUCCAAGCUUAUAAUCGGGGGAACCUUAAUGA